AUGGCUUCCACGGAGCGGCCGGUCUGUCAGAUCUUCUCCUUCCAGGACUGCAAAGCGUCUCCGGACCCGAUCUUUGAGCUCCCCGCCCCGAGCCCCACACCGGCCUCGAUAGUGAUAGAUAACGGCUCCUUCCAGACCCGGGCGGGCUGGGCGACAGCGGCGGGGGAGCUGGACUCCCCGCGGCUGCUCUUCAGGUCCGUGGCGGCGCGCAGCAGAGGAGCCGCCCGCAGCGAGACCCAGAUCGGCAACGACAUCUCGAACCUGGAGCCUCUGCGGUGGCUGCUGAAGAGCCAGUUCGACCGCAACGUGGUCGUCAACUUCGAGAUCCAGGAGCUCAUCUUCGACCAUGUGUUCACACAUCUGGGCAUCAGCUCUGAGGGCAGUGUGGAACAUCCCGUUGUGCUCACAGAGGCCCCCUGUAACCCGCUGCACUGUCGGCAGAUGAUGUCAGAGCUGCUGUUCGAGUGCUACCGCGUCCCGCACGUCUCCUAUGGCGUGGACGGCUUGUACAGUUUGUACCACAGUAACGCCCACAGAGAAGUCCAUCCAGCACACACUGGCAUCGUUCUGUCCUCGGGAUACCACUGCUCUCACAUCCUGCCGGUCAUCAAUGGCAGGUUGGAUGCGGUGAAUUGUAAGCGCGUGAAUGUGGCUGGGAGCCAGGCGGCGUCGUACCUGCAGCGCCUCCUCCAUCUGAAAUACCCAGGUCACCUCGCCGCCAUCACACUCAGCCGCAUGGAAGAACUGCUGCAUGAGCACAGUUACACGGCUGUGGAUUAUCAUGAAGAGCUGGAAAAGUGGCGCAGUCCGGCGUUUUAUGAGCAGGAGGUGCACCGUAUGCAACUCCCCUUCUCAGGUAAGGUGCCGGGUGGAUGUGUGAGCGUGGAGGAGAGGCAGGAGAGACGAGCUCAACAGCUUCGACGGCUUCAGGAGAUCAAUGCUCGCCGCCGGGAAGAGAAGCUGCAGCAGGACCAAGAGAAGCUGGACAGACUUAUGGCAGUGCAGGAGCUGCUGGACGACGGCCUGUUGGAUCAUUUUCACAAGAGCCUGGUGGAGCUCAACAUGGACUCAGCUGAGGAGCUGCAGUCGUACAUCAACAAACUGCAGCUGGCCGUGGAGCAGAGCAGACAGAAACUGCUGCAUAGUGACGGAGCAGAGGGAAAAAUCGAGGUGUCUGAGCUGGACCAUCCGAUGGACGAGGGAGACGGAGUGGCACUGAUGGAUCCUGACUUUCCUGAGGACACGCUGCCAGAAAAACCUGCUAAUGUGGUUCAGCCCAUGUUCAGCGUGGCGGAGUACCAUCAGCUGUUUGUUGGGACAGAGCGGCUGCGGUGCCCAGAGAUAUUGUUCCAGCCUUCGCUGACCGGAGAGGACCAAAUGGGACUGAUGGAGACGCUGCAGUACGUCCUGGCCAGGUAUACUCCAGAGCAACAGGAGGCGCUGGUGAGCAAUGUGUUUCUGACAGGUGGAAACAUGCAAUACCCAGGGAUGAAGGAGCGAGUGGAGCGAGAACUUCUGGCAAUGAGACCCUUCCAGUCACACUUCAAGGUGACCAUGGCGUCGCAGCCGGCCCUGGGUGCCUGGUAUGGGGCAAGAGACUGGGCCUUGGAGCAUCCACCCGGAGCAGGAGCUGCAGAGGGAUGGAUCAGCAGACAGGACUACGAGGAGAAAGGAGGCGAGUAUCUGAGCGAGCACUGUGCCUCCAACGUCUUCAUUCCCUUGAAGAUCGCCAAGCCGGUUCCCGCACGCCCCGUCGAACCCUCCAUUACCACACUGGUUUCAACAGGAACUUCUACCACUGUCUCCACACUUACACCUGCCCUGACUCCCUCCUGUUCUACUGUUGCUGCUGAUGUUUCUAUGGUAACCUCAUAAACUGAGAUAUUGGAUAAAGCAAUAUAAGGUCUGAAAAAUAAAGCGGGAGGCCACAGACUUCGUGUGUGCUCUCGGUCCGCAGAGCGACCUCACCUCUUCACACAAUCUAUUUUUCUCCAGGCACUUGUUUUAAACUUUGAUCAGUUGUGGGUACAGCUUUGUUUUAUUUUCAUGAUGCUUUAGAAAACCACAAGAGACUGUUCAUAUUGAAUGGCCAUCACAUGAUACUUUUGAAGUCCCAUUACGAAUAUAUGUGUUUUUGUAUACUGUAAAUACAUUUUGUUGUUUGUGUUUUCUAAAAAAAAAAGUAUUUUCACUGAUGGAAAAACGUGUUUGCUUUGAAUGACAAGUCUCCAAUUCUGGACCAAUAAAAGCAACAGUA